AUGGUUGGUUUUAGCACAAUUGGCCUCGGCGAUAUCACUCCAACACAGCCAAAAUAUCUACUCAUGCUUUUUAUUUACAUUAUCAUUGGUCUUUCGCUCGUCUCCAUGUGCAUUAAUUUGAUACAAGUGAAAUUUUUGCCACGGAAUUUAUCAGUUGAUGAUGUGAUGAAGUUGGUGGACACAGAAGAAAGCGAUAUCAUAAUGAUAACUGAGCUAAUCCGAGAUGACAGCAAUCUGUCCGAUAUUUCAGAGAGUAGCGAUGCUAGCGGUCAGGUAUGUUAG